GUGCCAAACUAACUGCAGCUGACUCCUGGAUACGAGAGCAACAGAGAGAAAGAAGCUCAAAGACCAGAAAUAAACAAACUACGACACAGAGGAGAAACCAUGUCCUCUCCAGGUGUCCAGAUGAAUUUCCACAGGUGGGACAUGCAUUGGGGCAGCUAUACUGACGACGACCUCUUCUCAGACCCCCAUGAAUCCGACACAGAGACCCUCUCCCAGGCCAUCAGAGCCGCGGCGGCCGAGGAGCCGGACGCAGACGGCAGCGUGCUGUUUGGACACCUGCAGGGCACCGUGGUCGGCCUCAGAUUUUACACAGGGGUGGUGAAUCAAGGGGAAAUGGUCGGCUUAGUGCGUGAGCCGCACAAUCCAUACGACCGUAACGCAGUGAUGGUCGCCAACAUUUAUGGCAGCCAGGUGGGACACAUCAAGAGGGAGCUGGCAGCAGCUAUGGCGUACGUCAUGGACAAUAACUUGGCUAAAGUAGAGGGGGUGGUGUACUCGGGCACGAAGAACCAGUACAACAUGCCUGUGAUGCUGUCGUUCUGGGGGGGAGAAGAAAACAAAAAUGCCGUGAUUGAAUCGAUGGCACGCCGUGGAUAUAGACUGACCACAGGUGCAAGCAAACCAACAGGUGCAAAUCAAACAUCAAGUGCAUCUAAGAAAGGUUUGACCAUCCCACUAACUGCAAAAGAGCUGAAGAAUGCAUUUGAUAAUCUGUUUGAAGGUCUGAUGGAGAGUAAAGACGGCGAGAAAGAAGCUGUUGAGUCUGUGGUCACUCCUCUCCUGCCGCACCAGAGACAGGCCCUGUCCUGGAUGUGUGCUCGAGAAAACAAAUCUACGCUGCCGCCCUUCUGGAAGAAGACAGGGGAGCUGUACUUCAACACGCUCACAUGUUUCUCUGCCAAAGAAAUACCAGAGAGGGUUCGUGGAGGAAUACUGGCAGAUGACAUGGGACUGGGAAAAACUCUGACAACCAUUGCUCUGAUCCUCACCAACUUUCACAAUGGAAAGCCACUGCCUGUGGAGAGAUGUGAGAAGGGGUCCUCACCCUUUAAAGCUAAAACCAAACCCCAGAUGUUCUCCAAACUAGAAGGGAACAGCGACGCAACUGAUGGAGCAGGAAGGAGCUCAGACCUUCCUCAGGCGGAGGUGAUCUGUGCUGACAUACCGGACAUCGUGGAGAGAACGAGUGAGUCUGAGAAAAGUGCUAGCAAAGGAAAGAUGAAAGCCACCAAGCGAAAGCCCAGUAAAGUGGCCCCAGUUUUGCUGGAGGAUCUGGACUUCGCUGCAGCGCUGGGUGGCGCCGCAUCAGACCCGAAGAAAAAGAAAACUGCCAACAAGGCCAGUCCCACAGCGGGUGUGGAAUCCUUCCUCCCUCAAAGUGCAGAUGACUUAUCAACAAGAACAACUCUCAUCAUCUGUCCACUCUCUGUGCUCAGCAACUGGCUGGAGCAGUUUGAGCAGCACGUGCAUCCCAAUGUGAAGCUCAACGUGUAUCUGUAUUACGGCUCGGAGCGCAACAGGAGCAAGAAGUUUUUGUCCUCCCAGGAUGUGGUGAUCACCACCUACAACGUUCUGUCUGCUGACUUUGCCAAUAAGAGUCCCCUCCACGGGAUCAGUUGGCUGAGGGUCGUGCUGGAUGAAGGACACAUCAUAAGAAACCCAAACACACAGAUGAGUAAAGCCGUGUUGGACCUGAAAGCUGACCGCCGCUGGAUUCUUUCAGGUACUCCGAUCCAGAACAGUGUGAAAGACCUGUGGAUGCUGGUGGCUUUCUUGCGUCUGAAGCCAUUCGAUGUGCGAGAGUGGUGGAACAGAGUGAUCCAGAGACCCACGACUCAGGGAGACAGGGACGGCCUGCAGAACCUUCAGACCCUGGUGAAGUACAUCACACUGCGGCGGACCAAGAGCAGUGAGGCAAAUGGGCGCCCCCUGGUGUCCCUGCCUGAAAAGACUGUCUACGUGGAGCAGGUGGAACUGAGCCAGCAAGAAAGAGAGGAGUACGAGCUGGCGCGCAACGAAGGAAGAAACACCAUCGGCAGAUAUGUAGCAGAGGGGUCAGUGCUGAGGAACUAUGCUGAUGUGUUGGCCAUCCUGAUGAGGCUUCGACAACACUGCUGCCACCCUGAUCUACUGGCGAAGGUUUGCUCAGAUUUAGGUGCGGCAGCGACGCCCACAGAGCUGCGGGAGCGUCUGAUCGAGAAGCUGCGGUUGGUGUUGGCCAGCGGCUCCGAUGAGGAGUGCUCUGUGUGUCUGGACUCGGUCCGUCUCCCCGUCAUCACACACUGCGCACAUGUUUACUGCCGGCCCUGCAUCGCCCAGGUCAUCAGCACUGAGAAGGAGACGGCGCGUUGUCCUCUCUGUCGAAGUGAGAUCAAGACCAAGGAGCUUGUGGAGUUUCCACAGGAGGAAAUGGAAGAAGAGAGCAGUAUGAAUUCUGAGAGGUGGAGGACAAGCUCAAAGGUGCAGGCGCUGAUGGGAAACCUGCUCAGGCUGCGAAGUGAAGACGGCAGCAUUAAAAGUUUGGUCGUCUCUCAGUUUACGCGUUUCCUCACCAUACUGGAGACUCCACUCAGAGAGCACGGUUUCACUUUUGUGCGUUUCGACGGCGCCAUGAGCCAAAAGAAGAGGACCCAGGUGAUCCGGGAGUUUCAGAGCUCCGCGGCCGACGGCCCCGCCAUCAUGCUGCUGUCACUCAAAGCUGGAGGGGUGGGGCUCAACUUGACCGCCGCCUCUCGAGUUUUCCUCAUGGAUCCUGCCUGGAACCCAGCCACUGAGGAGCAGUGUAUCGACCGCUGCCACCGUCUGGGCCAGAAGAAGAAAGUCGUCGUCACCAAGUUUAUUGUGAAGAAUUCAGUCGAGGAGAACAUGGUGAAGAUCCAGAGGCAGAAGCAGGACCUGGUGGAGAAGGCGUUUGGCUCCACAAACACCGAAAGUAAAUUGUCUCCCAUUGACGACAUCAGAGCUCUGAUGGAGCUGUAGUAGUCUGAUACUGGACCUGAACAUUAACAUGGAAACGACACAAACUGUUCAAUUUGGUGUCGGACAUUUUGAAAAGGUUUAUUGUUUUUUUUACAGUUGCUCAUUAAUGUUCUAAGUUCUGUUUUAUUUAAUGAGUCAUGUUUUGUUCUUGUUCACUAAUGUUUGUUAUUGUAAACUCAACGUCUUAGUUUGUCAGUUGGAUAAAACAAGUAAUGUUAAAA